AUGGUCAGAGACUUGAGACAUGAUACAAGAGAUGGUCAGUGACUGCAAACGUACUACAAGAGAUGGUCAGAGACUGCAGAUAUGAUACAAGAGAUGGUCAGAGACUGCAGACGUACUACAAGAGAUGGUCAGAGACUGCAGAUACGAUACAAGAGAUGGUCAGAGACUGGAGACAUGAUACAAGAGAUGGUCAGUGAAUGAAAACGUACUACAAGAGAUGGUCAGAGACUGCAGAUAUGAUACAAGAGAUGGUCAGAGACUGCAGACAUGAUACAAGAAAUGGUCAGAGACUGCGGACA